AUUCUUUUUUUGAAACAUUUUUUGAUAAAUGCAGAAAUCACAUGCAAUUCUUUCUUCAGUGAAACACUCUCUGAAAUGGAUCAUCACUGCCACUUCUGGAAUAACAAACCUUCCCAAGUUUGUGGUUACAGCAUCAGUGGACAAAGUUGAGUUUGGGCACUUUGACAGCAUCAAGAGAGAAUUUGAACCAAAACAGGAAUGGACACGGAAACUAUUCAAGGAAAAACCUGAACUCUUCCAGUUGGGUUUACAGAGCUGUCUUUAUGAUCAGCAUUUCUUUAAGGCCUACCUGGAUGUUUUCAAGGAACGUUUAAAUCAAACUGAAGGUUCUCACAUUCUCCAAAGAAUAGGCGGCUGUGAGUGGGACGAUGAAAGCGAUGAAGUCAAAGGUUUCCAACAGUACGGUUAUGAUGGGGAAGACUUCAUCUCUCUGGACCUGCAGACAGAGACAUGGAUUGCUCCAAAAACACAAGCUGUUGUGAUAAAACAUUUAUGGGAUGCAGACAAAGAGAGAAUAAAGCACAUUCAACACAUGCUCAUGUCAGAGUGUCCUAAAAGCCUUCAGGAUCACAUGCUCUAUGGGAGGAGUUUUCUGCAGAGAACAGAGAGUCCUUCGGUAUCUUUUCUCCAGAAGACUCCCUCCUCUCCGGUCUGCUGCCAUGCCACUGGCUUUUAUCCUGACAGAGCUGAUCUGUUCUGGAGGAAAGAUGGAGAGGAGAUUCAUGAGGGUGUGGAGAAGGGACAGAUCCUACCUAACCAUGAUGGAACCUUCCAGAUGAGCUCAGAGCUGAACGUUUCAUUGAUCAAACAUGAGGACUGGAGGAGGUAUGACUGUGUGUUCCAGCUCUCUGGACUAACAGAAGACAUCGUCUCCAUGCUGGACAAAACACAGAUUCAGACAAACUGGGUUUCUCCUUCAGAGUUUCCAGUUGGUCCUGUUGUUGGAGGAGCAGCUGGAGUGGUUCUGCUCCUGGUGAUCAGUGGAGUCCUCUGCUGCUGUUGGAGAAACAGAAAUGGUGAGAAACAAGGAAAUCACACACAAUCUUUCCAAAUAUUAUUUGACUGUAACAACAUCUGUUAUUUCUGUUUCAGACUUCCAGCCUGUUAAUGGUAAGUGUUUUCUCUCAAGUCAUUUAAUCUCUUUUGUUUUUGGUACAAUGUAAGAUGCUCAGCAGAAGGCUCCACAAGACUCUGUAAAACACAACAGCUCAUCACAUUAGCUCAGAGAUAAACAGAAAGUGAAAUGUGAACGAAGACUUGGGAAAAAAAAGUCUUGAUAGUUAAGAACUUUUUAAAUGCAGUUCUAUGGAGUGAUAUUU